CUUAAGCAAUGCUUUCUUCGCGGAGCUGGCUGUUUGGGUGUUGCUGAGCGAAGCCCUAUUGACCCGAAGGACUUGAACAUCAAACCUGGCUAGGCGUCGCAAUGUCGUCCACCUACAGAGCCCUGUUCGUCUUCGGAGUCCUCCUAGCUAGCGCUUGCUCUUCGCUGGCGACACGUGAUGUCGCGUCGGAGUCGCGGCUGUCCUCUGCCGGCGAAGGCCGCAAAUACAUUCGCGACAACGUCGUUAACAAGAAGCCGAAGCCAGCUAGCGGCGAUGGCGACGAGCCAAUUCUCCUGCCCAAGCCGACGAGUUUUGGCUAUCUCGACGUGAACAAGGGCAAGGGGAGCAAGAUGUAUCACAUGUUCUACGAGGCGCAGGAGGCUCCAGCCGGCAGCUCGCGGGUCCCAAUCGUGUUGUGGCUGCAGGGCGGCCCCGGUUGCUCCUCCUUUUUCGGCAUGUUCUACAUCAACGGCCCCUACUUUGUCAACGACGACCUGACCCUGCGCGAGAACCUGGGCGCCUGGAACCGCCUGUACGGCACGCUCUUCAUCGAGCAGCCCAUCGGCGUGGGCUUCAGCAAGAAGGGCUCCGCCGCCAUUCCCGACAACGAGUUGGACGUGGCGUGGGACCUGUACCGGGCGCUGCAGUCCUUCUACAAAGCCAACCCCAGCUUCCAGGACCGCCCGCUGGUGGUCACCGGCGAGAGCUACGCGGGCAAGUACGUGCCGUCCAUCGCGCACUUCAUUCUGCAGGCCAGCGCACGCGCCAACGGCUUCGAGCACAAGCUGAAGCACCCGCGGGCGCUCAAGGAGGACGUGGAGGUCCCCGUGUUCACACUGGGCGGUCUGGCCAUUGGCAACGGCUUCACAGAUGCGGAGCUGCAGACGGCCGUGCAGGCGGAGGUGGCCUGGGGUAUGGGCCUGAUCGACGGGGCGCAGCGCAAGGCGGCGGAGAUCAUACAGGCCGAGGUCAUUGAGCUGGUCCGCGGCAAGCAGUGGCGGGCGGCCCGCAACAGGUCGGACGAGCUGCUGCAGUUCAUCGCCACAGCCAGCGGCAGCGCCACACUCGAGGACGUGCGCCGCAACACCGGCUAUGACAGCCGCGACCUCGCCGACGCCUUCAUGAACCUGCCGCGCGUGCGCGCCUUCCUGGGCGACGUGCCCUCAGUGGGGGACCACCUGUGGGAGUCCUGCUCGGCAGAGGUGGACCAUAUCAUGGGCCACGACGUGAUGAAGAGCGUCAAGAACCUGGUCAUCGACCUGCUGGACUACAAGCCAGUGCUCAUCUACCUGGGCCAGUGGGACGCCGAGUGCGGUGUGGCCUCCAAUGACGCCUGGAUCAGCACCCUGGCCUGGAAGGGACACGGUGGCUUCGCUGCGGCGCCGCGCGACUUCUGGAUGGUGAACGGCCGCAUCGCGGGCUACUGGAAGAAGUACGGCACUCUGGAGCAGCUGGUGCUGAGGAACACAGGCCACAUGGUGCCGCAUGACAACCCGCUGGUGGCUCAGCUCAUGCUGGAGCGCUGGGUGGAGACGUCGGUGCGCGGGCUGCCCUACAACCGCGAACAGCAGGUGACGCGGGAGGACGAGGAAGAGGCAGCCAACCCCGACCAGGCCGAGCACUCCACAUAGAUAGGCAGAUCGAUGGAUGGAUAGAUAGGGCCGACGGCUUUGGAUGCGUGUAGUUUGCAAAUCGCUGCUGCUUCUGGAGCUGCUGUUGUUCUCUGCUUCAACUUUGGGGUUGGAGCAGCACAAUGCGCGGCAGAUGCGGCGGCAGGAAGCUGGCGGGGUUGGCGCCUGUAUGUUGCGUGAUGGGGCCAUGGGCCUUGGGGCUAGAUGGGCAGGCCAGGCUGUGCAUACAGUUGUACAGGUGCAACAGCCAAGUCAGGGGUGCUCUUUUAUUUGCGGGAGGAGCAGCAUGCGCAAGUGCAGUUCUUCCGCAGUUGCCUGAGGGUAUUUGCGUGUGCAUGAUGCGGGACCACCUUUGCUCCCAGCAGCUGCAGCUGGUUGCUUUGGGCAUUGCAGCCAUUUUCAAGAGGUUGGAUUGUGAUAGCCCCUACUUUUGUGCAGCAUCCCGGCCUAAGUACGGGCUAGUAGCUAGCGCGAUUUUCUACGUGCAUAGUGGGCUGGAUGACACGUGCGUUUGGGAAGGCGCACUUGUUGCCGGUCUCUGCCUUGGCGGCCGGGCAUUUCAUUUCCGGUGUGGGCUGCGGAUAUUGUGCUUAACAGCAGAAGGAAAACAAAGCGCAACGACAGUUUGCGGAUAUUGUGUGUGUGUGCGUGUGUGUGUGUGUGUGUGUGUGUGUGUGUGUAUUUGUGUGUCAGCACACGAACUGCACAGUUGACGAAUGUUCGUUAAGAGUUAUUGGUCUUAGCUAGAUAAGCGCAUGCCAGCAACCUGGAUGGUGGUCUUGCCAUGGCAAGUAGGCGUGGGCAGGUGUCGUUGAGAGCAGGGGAGGGCUGGGAGCUGAAGUGGAACGAGACAUUUCUGCUGGUCCCUUGAAGCCGGUGGGUCGUAAAGCGGUUGCCAGGGGAGUUGCGAUGCCCUGAGAGUUGGGCAUGUUGGAAAGGCACCUCGUGUUACAUCAGCAAUUGUUGUUGUUGUGCCUCCCGUUCGCUAUGCCCAAGGGCCGGGGGUUCGCGGACAGCUGGAGCAAAGCGUAGCCGUAUCGGCGCGCGAUUUGCUGGGACGGAUACGGAUGCUCGGCGGAUUGCACACCAGCAGGCGUGCCUUCGAGGCAGCCGCUGCGCUCUGUAGCCAUGACACAUGGCAAUCCUAUCUAGCCUUGUUACCAAAAAAGA